GGCCUAACUCACCAGAAAUUCAGCAUCGCACCUCCUCGCUCCUGGGUGUUCUCACUUCUUCUGAGCAUCCAUCAGUGAAGUACCGCGUUAUAUCAAUGCUACUCCUCGUCAUUCAGCCCUCCGCCUACCUAUUCACACCAUGCUACUAAAAGUUGCCGCCAACAAUGGUGAGCUCGAGACUUUGCGUCUAUCCAGAAAAGAUGUCGAGCGGUGGUUACAAGAAUGUGGAUAUUUCUGGGGAAGAGCGCGGUCAAUUCCUUCAGUCCAUUGUUGAUGCAUUCAUACAGUAUGGCCAGCCGGAAACUACUUAUCAUUACACGCUUUCUCACGUUUCUUCAUCGCCAUCCUCAUCCCCCUGAAAGUCAAUCCGCAGCGAUCAAUGCCAUAACCUCAGCAUUGCGCUUGCCCACCUUGUUCAACUUUGAUCCGUUGUUCAAGUUGGACGCUGUUGUAUCAGCAAAAUAUCACGAGCCUUUCUCGAGUCCGCAAGUAUUCUAGAAUAGCGGUCUACCAGGAUUACAUUUAUGACUCGAAAGCCAUCCUGCUAUUCUUGACAAAUAUGGUAAAUCA